CCAAAGGUAGAUGGACAAAGUCAUUUUGUACCAUGCGUAGAGAAUAAAAAUCACCAUGAAUUUUGAUAUUGCUGGCUCAUUGAUUCACAGAAAGUAGAAAUUUAUGCAAGAGCCAUGUCUAACAAUGUAAAUGUUCAGCCAAGUCGAAGAACACUGCCUUCACUGUUCUGGGACUCGGCCCCACAUUCACAGACUUGCUAUUCUUCUCUUUCACUCUUGGGCCUAGUGAGGCAGCUUAUUUUUCCUUUUUGUUUCAUUGGUCACAGUGAUUUCUUUUCAGUGUGUCAUCUUCUCUUAAGUUUCUGAGGGAGUGUUAGCUUGAGGCCUUGCCUUGACAUAAUCAGAUAUAAUCAGAAAAAUGAAAAAUUCCAUAGGAAAGAGAACUAUUUUAGCCAAGGUGUGCGAGAGAAAUACCGUCACUUUCAAGCACUGUUUUCUUCUACUGGAGUCUGCUCAAUAGGGACGUCAGCUUUGCUGGGGCUUCCUUUGACAAGAGAAUCAGAACCGACUGGUGACAUUUGUUUCAAUGAAAGCAACAGUGUGAAGAGUAAGUAGUUUUUCCUAUUAUUCAUCUCAUUCAGUGGAGAUAAUGAACUCCUCUCCACUGCCAAGAUGAGAAACUACCAUUUCUUACACAUGGACACAAAGAUGAGAACAAUAAACACUGAGACUUCAAAAAGGAGGGAAGGAGAAAGAGGAGCAAGACUUGAAAUCUACCUAUCAGUUCCCUGAUGAGCCGCGAUGAUAAGUGGGACACAGGAUGUGUAUAUGCAUAGAGGCAAGUCCUUCUGCAAGAAUGGCCAUAAUCAAAAAAUGAAAAAACAAUAAACGUUGGCUUGGAGGCGGUGAACAGGGAACACUUCUACACUGCUUGUGGGAAGAACUUGCAAUUUAUUCUGAUCAACAAUUUGUCCAGCUAAAGUACUACAUCUGCCCCCUCUUCUUGUGGCUGUAGGGGCACAGCAAAGGUCACUGGGCUAACCUCCUUAAAGGGACUCCGCUAACAGAUCUUCGCCUGCUGCUGGAAAUGGCCCUCUCAGUGGACUCAUCGUGGCAUCGGUGGCAGUGGAGAGUCAGAGAUGGCUUCCCCCAUUGUCCAUCAGAAACCACACCGCUGCUCUCUCCAGAGAAAGGGAGACAGAGCUACAACUUGACACAGCGGCGGGUCGUGUUCCCCAACAACAGCAUAUUCCAUCAAGAUUGGGAAGAGGUCUCCAGGAGAUACCCUGGCAACAGAACCUGCACAACCAAAUACACCCUCUUCACCUUCCUGCCCCGGAAUCUCUUUGAGCAAUUUCAUAGAUGGGCUAACCUCUAUUUCCUGUUCCUGGUGAUUUUGAACUGGAUGCCCUCCAUGGAAGUCUUCCACAGAGAAAUCACCAUGUUACCAUUGGCCAUUGUCCUGUUCGUCAUCAUGAUCAAGGAUGGCAUGGAGGACUUCAAGAGACACCGCUUUGAUAAAGCAAUAAACUGCUCCAACAUUCGAAUUUAUGAAAGAAAAGAGCAGACCUACGUGCAGAAGUGCUGGAAGGAUGUGCGCGUGGGAGACUUCAUCCAAAUGAAGUGCAAUGAGAUUGUCCCAGCAGACAUACUCCUCCUUUUUUCCUCGGACCCCAAUGGGAUAUGCCAUCUGGAAACUGCCAGCUUGGAUGGAGAGACAAACCUCAAGCAAAGACGUGUCGUGAAGGGCUUCUCACAGCAGGAGGUACAGUUCGAACCAGAGCUUUUCCACAAUACCAUCGUGUGUGAGAAACCCAACAACCACCUCAACAAAUUUAAGGGUUAUAUGGAGCAUCCUGACCAGACCAGGACUGGCUUUGGCUGUGAGAGUCUUCUGCUUCGAGGCUGCACCAUCAGAAACACCGAGAUGGCUGUUGGCAUUGUCAUCUAUGCAGGCCAUGAGACGAAAGCCAUGCUGAACAACAGUGGCCCCCGGUACAAACGCAGCAAGAUUGAGCGGCGCAUGAACAUAGACAUCUUCUUCUGCAUUGGGAUCCUAAUCCUCAUGUGCCUUAUUGGAGCUGUAGGUCACAGCAUCUGGAAUGGGACCUUUGAAGAACACCCUCCCUUCGAUGUGCCAGAUGCCAAUGGCAGCUUCCUUCCCAGUGCCCUUGGGGGCUUCUACAUGUUCCUCACAAUGAUCAUCCUGCUCCAGGUGCUGAUCCCCAUCUCUUUGUAUGUCUCCAUUGAGCUGGUGAAGCUCGGGCAAGUGUUCUUCUUGAGCAAUGACCUUGACCUGUAUGAUGAAGAGACCGAUUUAUCCAUUCAAUGUCGAGCCCUCAACAUCGCGGAGGACUUGGGCCAGAUCCAGUACAUCUUCUCUGAUAAGACGGGGACCCUGACAGAGAACAAGAUGGUGUUCCGACGUUGCACCAUCAUGGGCAGCGAGUAUUCUCACCAAGAAAAUGCUAAGCGACUGGAGACCCCAAAGGAGCUGGACUCAGAUGGUGAAGAGUGGACCCAAUACCAAUGCCUGUCCUUCCCGGCUAGAUGGGCCCAGGAUCCAGCAACUAUGAGAAGCCAAAAAGGUGCUCAGCCUCUGAGGAGGAGCCAGAGUGCCCGGGUGCCCAUCCAGGGCCACUACCGGCAAAGGUCUAUGGGGCACCGCGAAAGCUCACAGCCUCCUGUGGCCUUCAGCAGCUCCAUAGAAAAAGAUGUAACUCCAGAUAAAAACCUACUGACCAAGGUUCGAGAUGCUGCCCUGUGGUUGGAGACCUUGUCAGACAGCAGACCUUCCAAGGCUUCCCUCUCCACCACCUCCUCCAUUGCUGAUUUCUUCCUUGCCUUAACCAUCUGCAACUCUGUCAUGGUGUCCACAACUACCGAGCCCAGGCAGAGGGUCACCAUCAAACCCUCAAGCAAGGCUCUGGGGACGUCCCUGGAGAAGAUUCAGCAGCUCUUCCAGAAGUUGAAGCUAUCGAGCCUCAGCCAGUCAUUCUCAUCCACUGCACCCUCUGACACAGACCUGGGGGAGAGCUUAGGGGCCAACGUGGCCACCACAGACUCAGAUGAGAGAGAUGAUGCAUCUGUGUGCAGUGCAGGUGACUCCACUGAUGACGGUGGCUACAGGAGCAGCAUGUGGGACCAGGGCGACAUCCUGGAGUCUGGGUCAGGCACUUCCUUGGAGGAGGCAUUGGAGGCCCCAGCCACAGACCUGGCCAGGCCUGAGUUCUGUUACGAGGCUGAGAGCCCUGAUGAGGCCGCCCUGGUGCACGCUGCCCAUGCCUACAGCUUCACACUAGUGUCCCGGACACCUGAGCAGGUGACAGUGCGCCUGCCCCAGGGCACCUGCCUCACCUUCAGCCUCCUCUGCACCCUGGGCUUUGACUCUGUCAGGAAGAGAAUGUCUGUGGUUGUGAGGCACCCACUGACUGGCGAGAUUGUCGUCUACACCAAGGGUGCUGACUCGGUCAUCAUGGACCUCCUGGAAGACCCAGCCUGCGUACCUGACAUUAAUAUGGAAAAGAAGCUGAGAAAAAUCCGAGCCCGGACCCAAAAGCAUCUAGACUUGUAUGCAAGAGAUGGCCUGCGCACACUAUGCAUUGCCAAGAAGGUUGUAAGCGAAGAGGACUUCCGGAGAUGGGCCAGUUUCCGGCGUGAGGCUGAGGCAUCCCUCGACAACCGAGAUGAGCUUCUCAUGGAAACUGCACAGCAUCUGGAGAAUCAACUCACCUUACUUGGAGCCACUGGGAUCGAAGACCGGCUGCAGGAAGGAGUUCCAGAUACGAUUGCCACUCUGCGGGAGGCUGGGAUCCAGCUCUGGGUCCUGACUGGAGAUAAGCAGGAGACAGCGGUCAACAUUGCCCAUUCCUGCAGACUGUUAAAUCAGACCGACACUGUUUAUACCAUCAAUACAGAGAAUCAGGAGACCUGUGAAUCCAUCCUCAAUUGUGCAUUGGAAGAGCUAAAGCAAUUUCGUGAACUACAGAAGCCAGACCGCAAGCUCUUUGGGUUCCGCUUACCUUCCAAGACACCAUCCAUCACCUCAGAAGCUGUGGUUCCAGAAGCUGGAUUGGUCAUCGAUGGGAAGACAUUGAAUGCCAUCUUCCAGGGAAAGCUAGAGAAGAAGUUUCUGGAAUUGACCCAGUAUUGUCGGUCCGUCCUGUGCUGCCGCUCCACGCCACUCCAGAAGAGUAUGAUAGUCAAGCUGGUGCGAGACAAGUUGCGCGUCAUGACCCUUUCCAUAGGUGAUGGAGCAAAUGAUGUAAGCAUGAUUCAAGCUGCUGAUAUUGGAAUUGGAAUAUCUGGACAGGAAGGCAUGCAGGCUGUCAUGUCCAGCGACUUUGCCAUCACCCGCUUUAAGCAUCUCAAGAAGUUGCUGCUCGUGCAUGGCCACUGGUGUUACUCGCGCCUGGCCAGGAUGGUGGUGUACUACCUCUACAAGAACGUGUGCUACGUCAACCUGCUCUUCUGGUAUCAGUUCUUCUGUGGUUUCUCCAGCUCCACCAUGAUUGAUUACUGGCAGAUGAUAUUCUUCAAUCUCUUCUUUACCUCCUUGCCUCCUCUCGUCUUUGGAGUCCUUGACAAAGACAUCUCUGCAGAAACACUCCUGGCAUUGCCUGAGCUAUACAAGAGUGGCCAGAACUCUGAGUGCUAUAACCUGUCGACUUUCUGGAUAUCUAUGGUGGAUGCAUUCUACCAGAGCCUCAUCUGUUUCUUUAUCCCUUACCUGGCCUAUAAGGGCUCUGAUAUAGAUGUCUUUACCUUUGGGACACCAAUCAACACCAUCUCCCUCACCACAAUCCUUUUGCACCAGGCAAUGGAAAUGAAGACAUGGACCAUUUUCCAUGGAGUCGUGCUCCUCGGCAGCUUCCUGAUGUACUUUCUGGUAUCCCUCCUGUACAAUGCCACCUGCGUCAUCUGCAACAGCCCCACCAAUCCCUAUUGGGUGAUGGAAGGCCAGCUCUCAAACCCCACUUUCUACCUCGUCUGCUUUCUCACACCAGUUGUUGCUCUUCUCCCAAGAUACUUUUUCCUGUCUCUGCAAGGAACCUGUGGGAAGUCUCUAAUCUCAAAAGCUCAGAAAAUUGACAAACUCCCCCCAGACAAAAGAAACCUGGAAAUCCAGAGUUGGAGAAGCAGACAGAGGCCUGCCCGUGUCCCCGAAGUGGCUCGACCCACCCACCACCCAGUGUCGUCUAUCACAGGACAGGACUUCAGUGCCAGCACCCCAAAGAGCUCUAACCCUCCCAAGAGGAAGCAUGUGGAAGAGUCAGUGCUCCACGAACAGAGAUGUGGCACAGAGUGCAUGAGGGAUGACUCAUGCUCAGGGGACUCCUCAGCUCAACUCUCAUCCGGGGAGCACCUGCUGGGACCUAACAGGAUAAUGGCCUACUCAAGAGGACAGACUGAUAUGUGCCGGUGCUCAAAGAGGGGCAGCCAUCGCCGAUCCCAGAGUUCACUGACCAUAUGAGGAGCUGCAGAAAUCUGUACAAACUCAACAGAGGCCACCCAGUCACUGGUCCACGUAACCCUUGACCCCUUCCUCUUCAUAGAGGAAACAACGUGCCAGUCUUAUUCUUUUCUUCAACAACCUUGACUUCCAUGGAGGAAGUGCUGGCCCCAAGGGGUCUGACACAAAGACGGGAAACCCAGUCCACCUCUAGUUUUCUGCUGCUCUCAGGCAGCACAUCUUGCAAACAGUUUGGAGAAGGAGGCUGUUUUUGUUGAAUCGAGUUCUCAAAUCGGUUUAGCCCAAAGCCAUUCUUCUGGCCCUCUAGAUAAGCGUAGCCUACAACCCAGUGCAACUGGGCCGUUAAGUUUCCAAGAUUCAAGAAGUGUAUCAACCCAGGCAACAUCUCAGGAUAUGGAAGUUUCUGGGUUUAUUUACCCCUCAGUGCCCAGAGUUAAAGUUUCAGAAGGGACUUGUGCACUUAAGGGCUUCAUCUCUAGUGUAUUGCAGUAAUGGCUGAAUCGGGGUUAACAUCCCUUCCAGGCACAGCGAGUUGGUUCUGCUUUUUGCCUGUAAGCCAAAGAAAAGCCACAUCUAAAAAGCUACUACUAAAAGCCAGAAAGAAAAGUGGAUUUGAAGUCAGUGUCACAGACUGUUCUGAGUGUUUUAGGGUCACAGCUAGUGUAAGAGGCAUGAAGAAUAGACAUGCUAAAGGGAACGGGUGCACCAGAGACCCCUGUUUUGGCUGACAGACCAUAUGUCCCACCAUCUGGGGAAUCUGACAAGAGGACAUAGGUGGCACUCUUUCUUUAAAGCUAUUUAUUGUAUUUAUUUUUAAAUAAAAUUGCCCAUCCUCAUUCAGCGCUUAGAACAAAAGAAAAAAACCCUGUAAAUCAGGAGAUAUAAGCACAUCUGCACCCAGAAUAGGCCCAUAUGAUAGGGCAACCCUGAGCUUAAACAAUGACAUCUUCAAGGGUAGAACUAAUAUGAAACCCCAUUCAGCCUAUUCCAGAAUACCACCCUCUGGAAGACACUGGCCUGCAUCAGUUAGAGUGAGAGCAAGUGUCACUUCACAGGGAAAAGAAGGAUUAUAUAGACUUCCUAUCCCUAGAGUUUAUAAAUGUCAACUAUAUAAAAGAGCUCAAAACAGUGUUAAAGGAAUGAACAGUAGAAUUUUAAUAGGCUGUCCAAAGAAGCCAGGUCUGCUGUGGGCAAGUAUAGCCUAACCCUAGUCUUGUAAAAUAAGCCAGAAAGGGUUACUGAGCCACCUUAAGCUAGUACCUAUAUAGCAGGCAAAAAGUACAGAAAUAGAUGAAAUAAGUGUGGUGAGUCUUUGAGCCUACGAGUCAUGGCACCAGCCAUAAGUUGACCUAUCACUUGAGAACCUCCUCAGCAAAGAUGCCAGAAAACAUUCAAUCAAGUUGGCAAAUGACACAGGGAGCUGGCCCUCUGACCAUCUUCCUGGCAAACCUGGACUGGAAGGGCCAUUUGCAGCACCGUCCUGGAGCUAAUACAGUUUCACUGCCUCUGCCACAUAAUGAUGUCAGCACUAGCCAGCUGGUGGGUAUUUGGAGGAAUCCUGCAUGAGGAUUGCCCAAGAAGGGGCAGGUACACAUACCUGGCAAAGUGAUGAUGAUGUGAAUUGUUUCCAGUGAGGGUAUUGAGUCAAAACUUGGAUCGCAGGCACCCCAAUUUUUCCCCCAAUUUCUGGCUACUACUAAAAGCCAGAAAGAACAGAACAGUGGCCUCAGGAGAUCUGAGUUUGAAUCCUUGCUCUCUAGGAUGCAGGUGGCUUGAAGCAGAAUGCCACACCUGCAAGUUGAUUAGAACUGCCUUUCUUCCCAGGCUUGACAUAAGUAUUAAGUCAAAAUUACAUGAAACCCAGUGGUAAAAAAGCCUCUGAAAGCUGUAACACCCUCAGUAAUAACAAAAGGGAUUUUUAUUUCACAGCUAAAGGGAAAAUAGGUGGAGAAGUUAAAAAAUAAUGUCUGAUCCUGUUCCUAAGUUCCAAACUAUAGCCAACACUCUGAUACUGCUCUUUUUCUUGUAGGACCAACCGUCCCAGUUUGCCUGGGACUUUCUCAUUUUUACAGAGUCCCAAAUCCUAGGAAACUGGAGCAACUGGUACAACUGGUCACCUACUCUUGCCCCUCUGUAAAUCAAGCCAACUGUGACCAUCCAAUGUGCCAUCUUACAGGGAAAAGUUAUAACCACUAUUCCCCUAUAACAUAAUGCUAAUGAUUGUACUUAGUACAUUUUUAUACUUUUAUGAUAUUUUACUGAUUGGAAAUGUCAUCCUUUAUUAAAAAUAAACAUGGUUUUCCGUAGUUGCCUGCCAA